UCCUGACCUCAUGAUCUGCCUGCCUCAGCCUCCUGAAGUGCUGAGAUUACAGGUGUGAGCCUCCGCACCCAACCCUCUGAAGCAUCAGUCUUAGAGGUACAAUUAUGGUGGUUUUCAUUCUACCCAAGCAAGAUGAAUGAGAAAUGGCAUUUUUGUUUCAUGAACAACUGCUUUGAAAAAUUAAUGAAAUUCUUUCAUGUAGACGUCUGCAUUCAUAAAAAAAUGUUAUUUGAAUAUUAAUAUAUUUCAUUUUGACUGGAGCCUAAUUAAGUGUUCUCAUUAAAAUGGGCACUUGUGACUACAUCUAUUGCUAGAGUAUGUAAGUGUGCAGUAUAGAAGGUAACAUUCACACACACACACUCCUCACUGCAACUCAACUGAACUCAGAACUCCUGUUAACAUGUCUUACAACUACAGCUCUGGAAACUUCUCCUCCUGCUGUUUUGGAGGUUACCUAGGGUAUCCAGUUUCCAUUUAUAAUUCGUUCUACCCCAGCAAUGCCAUCUAUUCUCCAAAUACCUGCCAACUGGGCUCCUCUCUCUACAACGCUUGUCAGGAGACCUACUGUGAGCCCACCAGCUUUCAGAUAUCCUGCACUUUGGCCAAAUCCUAUCAGACAUCCUGCUACCACCCAAAGAAUUCCAUCUUCCGCAGUCCGCACCAGACUAACUACAUAGGAUCCCUUGGAUGUGGAAACACUGGCCUUGGAUCUCUUGGUUAUGGAAGCAUUGGCUUCCCAUCUCUGGACUGUGGGUCCAGCUUCUACCACCUAACUAUCUUUUCAUCCAGGAAUUUCCAGGAAACUUGUUACUAACCAGCCUUUGGGUCUCGCCUUUUUGAAUCAACUUACUGAAUAUUCUCCAUUCUCUCAUGAUUAUUUCUGUACUCUGUGGAACUGUAACACUCAGCCUGUCCAAUAUCUGUGAUUGUUGACCAUCUACAUCAGUAGGACUCAGCAUCCUACCCCUCUUGGAAGUAUAUGGUUGAACAAGGACAAAUUAAUCUUGACCUAGGACCUUUCCUAAAUCUGACAGGAGAUAUAUCUUGAAUUUCAAUUUUUG